AUGCAGGGAUUCAAUAUGGGGCGGUACCGCCCUUAUGACGAGGAUUAUCGCGAGGUGAAGAAGAAGAGUGGCAUUUCGAAGCAGAAUCCCGGGACGAGGGUCGUGCGGUUCGAGCUCCCGUUCAAUAUCUGGUGCGGCUCGUGCAAUAACCAUAUCGGCCAAGGUGUUCGAUACAAUGCACACAAGACACAGGUAGGCAACUACUACAGCACGCCCAUCUGGGCGUUUCGGUGCAAGUGUCACCUGUGCCAGAACUGGUUCGAGAUCCGGACCGACCCCCAAAAUACGCGUUAUGUGAUCGAGUCUGGCGCGCGGCAGCAGCUCCAGGACUGGGACCCCGAGGAGCACGGUGGCCACCCCAUCCACGACCCCGAUGCACCGAACGAGGACGGGGCCUUUUCGCAGCUUGAAAAGACCAAGACACGCCAAAAAGACGGCGCAAAGCGCCAAGCGCGCAUCGAGGAGCUCGAGGACCACUCUGCCGAGCGUUGGUCGGACCCCUACACGAUCAAUGCCGAGCUGCGCAAAUCGUUCCGUAUCGAAAAGAAGGCGCGUAUUGAGCGUGCGGAGCGCGAUGCAUCGCUGCGUGAGCGGAUCGGGUGGAGCGAGGACAUGCCGCUGGUCGGCGAGUCUUCUGGCCUUGCGACGCCCGACGUGCGGCGCGAGUGGAGCGAGGCGCGCGAUGCGCCUCGUUCCCCGAGGCGUUCCUCGACAACCACGCUCAAGCGGCGAGCGGCUCGUGCGCCGCGCAUGAGCGCAGCUGCACGUAACCUUGCCGGGCAGAUUCUAGCGCCAGGUCGUGCGAAGCGAUAA